AUGGCUUCCGGGAUCGCCAGCAUGUCGUCGUCUCUUGCGGUGCUCCUCCUCGGCGUGCUGCUGCUCUCCCGCGGCGGCGUCGGCAACGCGGCGCGGCACCUGGCGGAGGCCGAGUACCCACCGGUGCCGCCUAAUGUCCCGGCGCCUCUGCCCAAGCCAGACGUGCCGCCGCCGUUGCCCGCACCGGAGGUGCUGCCGAAGUCGGGGCUGCCACCGCUGCCCACACCUGAGGAGCAGCCCAAGCCAGACCUGCCGCCGUUGCCCACACCGGACGUGUUGCCAACGCCGCCGGAGCUUCCGCCCAAGCCGGAGCCCGAGCUGCUGCCCAAGACAGACGAGCCACCGAAGCCAGAGCUGCCGCCACUUCCGACCGGUGAGCUUCCACCGAAGCCGGACGACGAGCUGCCACCCAAGGCAGAGGAGCCCCCGAAGCCGGAGCUGCCGCCAUUUCCGACCGGUGACCUUCCACCAAAGCCGGACGUCGAGCUGCCACGGAAGCCAGACCUGCCGCCGCUCCCUACCGGUGAGCUUCCAUCGACGGCGCAGCCGCCGCUGCCGAAUCCCGCGGAACCAAAACCAUGA